AUGUCGAAGAACAUUGAGUUUGUCGGUGCCAUCGACCAGGGCACCACCAGCUCUCGUUUCCUCAUUUUCAACCCCAAGGGUGAGGUUGUCGCAACGCACCAGCUCGAGUUCAAGCAGCUGUACCCUCAGCCUGGAUGGCACGAGCAUGACCCCGAGGAGCUCAUCUCCUCCGUCGAGACGUGCAUUGACGGCGCCGUAAAGGCCUUUGAGACUCAGGGUCACUCCAAGAGCCAGAUCAAGGCCGUCGGCAUCACCAACCAGCGCGAGACGACCGUCGUCUGGGACAAGAACACGGGCAAGGCCCUCUACAACGCCAUUGUCUGGACCGACACCCGUGCCCAGGAGCUCGUCCGCCGUCUCAAGCACCGCCUCGGCGCCGGUGAGCUCACCAAGCGCUGCGGUCUGCCUCUCUCCACAUACCCCUCCGUCAGCAAGCUGCUGUGGUUGAUCGAGAACGUCAAGGAGGUCAAGGCCGCCUACGAUGCCGGCAACCUGGCCUUCGGCACCGUCGACGCCUGGCUCGUCUACAAGCUCAACGGCGGUCCCCCCCCAAACAUUCACACCCGUGCCUACGACGACGAGCUCAUUGACUGGUUCCGUGUCGACCGCAACAAGGUCCAGCUGCCCACCAUUGUCCGCUCUGCCGACAGCGACGUCUACGGCUCCCUGGCCAGCACCUCGCUCAAGGGCAUCAAGAUUGCCGGUGUUCUGGGUGACCAGUCGGCUGCCCUCGUCGGUCAAAAGGGCUUCUUCCCCGGCCUCGCUAAGAACACCUACGGCACCGGCUGCUUCCUCCUCUACAACGUUGGCGACAAGCCCGUCAUCUCCUCCCACGGUCUCAUGACCACAAUUGCCUUCGAUUUCGGUGACAAGGGCGGCUGCGCUUAUGCUCUCGAGGGCAGCAUCGCCGUUGCUGGUUCCAGUGUCAAGUUCCUUGUCGACAACCUCGGCUUCAUUGAGGAGUCCUCCAAGCUCAGCGCCCUGGCCGAGACGGUCGAGGACAACGGUGGCUGCACCUUCGUCACCGCCUUCAGCGGCCUCUUCGCCCCCUACUGGAUUGAUGACGCUCGUGGCACCAUUUUCGGCAUCACGGCCUACACCAAGCGCGGUCACAUUGCCCGCGCCACUCUGGAGGCUACCUGCUUCCAGACCAAGGCCAUCCUCGACUCCAUGGAGAAGGACAGUGGCGCCGCUCUGACCGAGCUUGCCGUCGAUGGUGGCAUGUGCAACUCGGACCUCAUCAUGCAGACCCAGUCUGACUUGAUCGGCAUGCCUGUCAACCGUCCCGCUAUGCGCGAGACAACUGCCUUUGGCGCUGCGAUCGCUGCCGGCCUGGCCGUCGGUGUGUGGGACUCGUUCGACGACCUCAAGAACACCAACACGGAGGGCCGCACCAUCUUCAAGCCUCAGAUCAAUGACGAUGAGUCGGCCAAGCGCUUCAAGAAGUGGGAGAAGGCCGUGCAGAUGAGCGCCGGCUGGGCUAAUGAGUAA